UUUGACAAGCGUGAUUUUCGCCAGAACUUUCGAUGCUCGAAUUGAAAAUAUUUUGAGAAAUCAAAAACCUUUCCCACGUUCUCAACUUUCCUACUAAUCGAGCAGCAAAGAUAUCACCAUGGGAAUCGUCGGCCUGGUUACGUUCCUAACUCGCCUUCCCGGCGGCUGCCGCGCCAUCAACAUCGUCGACGAGAUCCGCAAGUCGGAAAAGAAGGAACCGCUGGUGGUGAUCGAUCUGCUGACCAUCAUCUGCUCGCUGAGUGGACCAAUCGACGAGAACAUCUACGGCUGCCGGAACCAGUUUGCGUGGACGUACGCGAGCAACUUUUGCGACCGGCUGAUCGAGGCCGGAGCCCGGCUCGUGUUCUUCAUCGACGGGAAGCUGCAGGAGGGAAAGUACAAACGGUGGAUCCAGCGCCAGGAGAAGGUCUACGCCGAGUGCCUGAAGAAGCUGGACAACAUUCCGGUCGAGUUUAAGGGCAAGCACCGGGGUCAGAUUCAGGGGAACGUAACGAAGCACUCGUUCAUUUCGGCGCUGGUGACCGCGGCCCGGAAGAAGGGCGUGCUGAUCACGUCGUAUGAUGUCGAGUGUGAUCUGGAGGUGGCCACGUUUGCGAAGAAGCACGACGCACUGGCGGUCAUUACUGGGGAUUCGGAUUAUCUUAUCUAUGAGGGCAAGUGGCGCGUUUGGUCGAGUUCGGACUUUGACCUGGACACGAUGCGCACGUUCGAGUGGGACAAGGAAGUUCUUAGGAAGGCGCUGAAUCUGGAGUGGAGUCAGAUGCCGUUCUUUGCGGCGAUCGCUGGGAAUGAUCGCUUUAAGAACCGGCCGUCGCGGAUGUGCACCUUCUACCAGGUGGCGCAACGUGUGAAGGAGCUCAACUUGAAGCUUGGAAUUACCAGGAUCGGAAUUGAGUUGUACGAGAAGAUUUUUGGCCGGCGGGAUGAAAACCUGCGGAACAGCUUCGAAGAUGCCGUCUCGUUGUACGACUUGAAUUACACCAUCAAGAAGCCGCUCGUGCCGCAAGAGAUGCGUCACUUUCCGAACUACGCCAUCUGCAUUCUGCGGAACAUUCCCAGCUCCAUCCGGUUGCCCUGUUUAGACCUACGCGAGGAAGACUACUCCCAGUAUGCGCUCCAGCUGUACCGACGCCAGGUCGGAAUGCUGUUCCGUCACCGACCGAUCGUGUACGGUCAAAUGCUCACCUCGCAGGUCUUCAUCAAAACCAGCCAUCACAAUCCGUACAAAAUCAUCGCUGCAACGCCAAUUUACCCCCCGAGCGGAGUCAAAGUACCCCUCCCGGAAGAACUGUACACGCUGGACACGGAAGUCUCCUCCUCCAUGGUCAUGACCAAACUGCGCCUUCUCUGCUGGCUCGUCUCCGACACCCUUACCGUCGACCAGAUCUUCUACAUCCACCCAAACUACCUGCUCGACGUCCUGACGCUGUACUUCCUCGUCGAAAACAACCUUCUGGACGUCGUGACCGCGGACAUAAUCCUCAUCACGAUCCACGACUGCCUCACGAACGUAAUCGAGCGCCGCAUUCCGCUUCAUCGGCCGCGCAAGCCCAACGUCACGACCUGCUUCCUGUACGUCAACUUCUACGCGCUGAUGUACUUUAGCGCGGAGAUCGUUGGCCUGCGCAAGGAACUGGACAGCUACUUCCUGAGCAAAUUCGACGGCGUCUACUUCAACGCGAUCGUCGACCAGCUGCGCUACGACUACGUCCAGAUGGAGUCGACGAUGCACUCGCUCAGCAAUCUGCGCAUCUACGCCAAGUUUGGCCAGCCGGCGGAAGCGGACGGGGGGCCCGCGGAACCGUCCGCGAUUCCCAAGUGUUUAGGAACGAAGGCGGAGGGAGAACCGGCCAUAAAGACGGCCAAGAUGAAGUGAGGAGGAUUUUCUUUUUUUUUGUAAUUUACGCAAUAAAUUGCGUAAGAUUUUGUUAUUUUCGACCUGAACUGGAUUCAUAAGUUAAAUUUUAUUUCUACACUUUCAAAACACGUUGAAUUUCAUUUAUGCAUAUGUGCAUAACUUAGAUUGAUUCA